AUCUGUAUGUGCCCGGAAAGAGAGGGAAACAGCUGGAGGUUUCAGCUGUCACCGUCUGUGUCCCUCCGUCAGGGCGUCGCAAGCUUUACCAAACAGGAGGGAGCCAGGCCAAGUUGUCAUUUUCUCAUUAUUUGGCGGACUAAUGUUUAAUCUGUCGUAGAUAUGGAUUUCGACGCUUUAUUUAACGAGAAUACAUUUCAGUUCUCGGAUUUCCAAGAGUUCACGUUUCUUCCUGGACACCAGAAAUUGACCGAAAGAGUGAGAAAGCGAUUAUAUUAUGGCCUGGACAAUGAUGUUGCUUUAGAUGCCCUUUCCUGCCCUGUUACAGAUAUUGCUGUUGAAAUCUUCCAAAAGUCUGCCCCAAGCCCAAUACGAAAGCUUCAGAAGAAGUAUGCUGCCCAUGUUGCCAGGGAGGCCUGCAUUUCUCCGUGUGCCAUGAUGCUGGCUCUUGUUUACAUAGAAAGGCUUAGACAUAGAAACCCUGAAUACCUCCAAAAGAUCUCCUCCUCUGACCUCUUCCUGAUCUCCAUGAUGGUAGCCAGCAAGUACCUGUAUGAUGAAGGUGAAGAAGAGGAGGUUUUCAAUGAUGAAUGGGGAGCAGCUGGGAAGUUGGAUGUCAAGACUGUCAACAACCUGGAGAUGAACUUCUUGAACGCCAUUGAGUGGAGCCUCUUCGCUGACCCGAAUGACUUCUUUGAUUUACUAAGUCAACUGGAGACCAGCAUUGCGGAGCGGCAGGGGAUGAAACGCGGCUGGUUCACCUACACUGACCUCUGCGUGCUGCUUGAGCACUCUGUGUGGAGUCAAGCCCUCACAGCCAUCUACCAGCACUUUACUAAGGUAUCCUGUAUGCUUGGCCUGGUCUAUCUAACCAGUGUGGCUGGCCUUAUUGCCACCAGUGCUGUGAUUCACCAGCUCAGUCUCUCUAGAGGAGGCCAGUCUCUUCUUCCACCAGAUGAGAUCAGCCUGACCCACUUUUUGGCUUCCAACCUGAGUCCAGAAACCUCUUCCUCAGCCCGCCGCCUCCCUUGUUGUGUUCUGGCCAACAAGAGUGUUAACCGUCAGACUGGCUCACCUGGAAGCAGGCAACACCACAGUCAAAGGCCUCGAUCGUCUUCCGCACAAACAUCUGUAUUGUGUCUCUGGGGUUCCCUGCUUGCCUCGAUGGGUCAUAUACAUCCUGAAACGAAACCUGAUGUGGAAGCCUCCCAGACCUGGUCUCCUGUGUCCUUCAUCUGUCCUGGCUGUCUCGCAACACUCCCUCCUCUUGCUUGCGGGCUUCGAAACACCUCAUCAGUCCUCCCUCACGGCCCCUUUGAAAACCAUCAGCCUCAUUCAUCGUGGUUCUCCUCCAGCCUCCUCGGUCCUGCCAAGCCAAGUGUGGACUCUCAUCUAGAUAUUUUUCCUCCUGCACAGCUGAGACCUUGCCACCCAGAGUCUAUGCUGCCAGUUGACAAAGUCCAAGCUUUGCUCAUGCCUGGCUAGAAAUGGCAGAGCUUUUCAUCCUGUAGUAAUGGAGUCUGGAAAUGAAACCUGCAUUGUUGCUGUCACUCAUCUACUCUUUGUUUACAUUUCCAGAUCUAGAAUACAGGAGAAAAGACGAGAGGAGUUGGGCACUUUUCCAAGAGGUUCACAGGGAGGAAAUUUCUAUAUAGUUAAAUACUGCAGAGGAAAUUUGAUUCAAUUCAAAUACCACAAUGCUUGAUUAAUCACAAGCAUUGUAAAGUUUAGUUCAUUUAAUUCUCUGCAGCAACUAAAUUCACAUUAUCACCCUUCUGUUUUAAGAGUUCGCCACUGUCGCUUGCUGUUGUAGGGCUUUUGAAUUGAAUGUGUUCCGAGGUGCUGCGUCACAGCGGUAAUUUUUAAAGUUGACAUGAACCACUAUAUGUAUAAAGGCUAAUUUACACGAUGGAGUCCUGCUCUCAAAAACCGACAUAGAUGUAAUCCUGUCUGUUAAGCUGGAUUUAAGAAUUAAGUGAAGUUAAAAGUUUAUAAAACAUGUUUAGCACCAUCUUGUGUCAAUAAAGACCGUGACAUCGCUGGGUUGGUUGGUUGGUUGGUUGGUUGCAGUAAAAAAGACUUAAAUUAGUUUAUGUUAGUUGACUAAUAACUGAAGCAAUAACUCAGGGGAAAACAGGGUCACUAAAACUAAAAAUCAGUCUAGGGGGUUGCUUUUGUGCUGCCACUGGCUGCAACAAUGAAUUUUAUGCUAACAAAUCGACUUCUCUGUCACUCUCUGUCUCUUAAGCAGUAAGUGGUUUUAGGUAGUUUGGCUAGCUGCACUCAAACAGGAAACUCCACCUGUUAGCCGUUAUGUUUCAGUUUCUGAUGCAUUUUAUAAAUGAGAACAGUGUGGAGGAGAGCCUGUUUGAAUCACCAGACCGACAAGCUGGAGUCCAACACUACAGCUUUUUCUCACUAUGCCGCCCAAUCAGCUGACAAAGCAGAUGUUUGCAAGAUGUGAUCAGCGCUGUUUUAUCUAAUAAAAUAUCCUGUCUUUUCCCAAGCACAACUAAACAGUUUAUAUCACAGGAUACAUCCACAUUACAAUCUCACUUACUUUUCCUCACUUGUAAGAUUUUAAAAAAUGUAUAGAAUAACGCUGAUCACAUCAGCUGAUUGUGCCGCUCGGUACACACGACCAGACGAGGAAAAAUCAGAGUUUCUGACUUCAGGUCGUCGGUCUGCUGAAACACCCUCCAACUGACUCAAACAGUCUGUCCACCACACAAUUCUCGUUUAUAAAGAGCUUUAAAAACCUGCCCUUACAGCUAACGGGUGGAUUUUCCCAUUCGGUGCAGCUAGCCAAACAACAAAGACCCAUUUACUUCUUAAGAGAUGGCGAGUUAAGUAGACAGUAUAUCCUCAUUUCUAACAUAAAUCUCAUUGUUGCAGCCAGGGGCAGCACAAAAGUGAUCCCCUUAAACUGAUUUUUAGUCUAAGUGUCCUUAUUUUCCCCUGAGUUACUGUUUCUGUUACCAGUCAGCUUACAUGAACUACAGUGACAUAACGUUCUGUACUCACACAAGAUGGCGCUAAACAUAUUCUAAAAACUUUAAAUUUAGCCACUUUUUUUUUAAAGCCAGUUUCACAGACAGAGUCACAUCUACAUCAGUUUUUGAGAACAGGACUUAAUGGUGUAAAUUAGCCUUUAUACAUGUAGUGUUUCAUGUCCACGUUAAGCUGUUCACAUUUGGCAGGUUAAUGAAUGUGUGUGGUGGUUACCAAGCAUAUAUGAAAGUUGAAAGUUUCACGGUAAGUUGUUUUAUUUUUUUAAUGAAGAAGGGACUUAAACCAGGCUAAAUUUUCUUAUUCAUAUUCGUUUUGUGUAACCAUGUACCUUUCUUUGAUGCAGCUUGAGGAUUGCAAUAGACAUUGGUCAUUCACAUACACAAUACUGUUGGCACUGAUAGCUAGUUAUAAAAUCCAAUUGUCUUCUAGGCUUGAGAGGGUUCCACAUCAUGGAAGAGAAAUGGUUGGACACAGGAGACCAGACAGUUGAAACUGUCUUUAUGUCUUGGCGUUAUUGUCACAUGCCACACCGUUUCCACAUAUUCUGGUAAUGGUGGCUGAUUUUUGUCGUUUUUUCUGUUUUACCAGAUGUGAUGUGGCAACAAAAUAUAAUCCUUACGUCACUUUCCUAUAACAGGGUCUUAGCCAGAUGUUCCCCAGGUGGAACACCUGUGUAAAGGAUGCGUUCCUGUGAUUUCAUGCAGUCUUUUUUUGUUGUUGUUUUUGCAUGUAAUGUCUUAAAGGAAAACAUCAACCUUCCUUUGUUGCGGGAGAUUUGCACUUUUUGGCUCCAUUUUCAUUGAUGUAGAACAUCAUCUUGCAUUGUUACUGCAUUAUUGUCAUGUUUUCAGCACCAGAAGGGGAAAUGGUUAUUUUUAUCUACACCGCUACAAAUCUAUAUUUACUUUGUAAUUGAACCUUUAACAAAUUGAUCUGAAUUUUGAAUUUGAUACACUUUGGAUCGUGAACCCCUUAAAUUUUGUACAUGGUAUAAAAUGCAAAUAUUGUAAAAUGUGUAGCAAAAAAAAGAAUAAAGACCGCAUUUGUUUGAGA